AUGCAUAUGGAUAAAGGAAAGCAAAAAGCACAAAUACCGGAAAUUGAUGAAUCAGGUGACCACGAUGAAGACGACGCCGAUGAAUUGUUUGAUGAACUUGAGUACGAAAGUGAAGAGCUUGAAGAACUUGAAAGUUUUUCGUCUGAUUGUAUAUCAUCCGAUGAAGAAAGUAUUGUAAAAAAACAAAAGGAUACAAAAAUAGUUGAAAUUGAAAGCCCGGCUGUAUGUUUGGCGGUGAUGGAAGAAAUUCUAACCGAUAAGAAAGUACCCACUGAUGAAAAACCAACAAUAGAAGAACAAUUAAAUAAGAUCAUUGACGAUACAAAUAUUGAAGAAAAAUAUAAAGAGAGUGUAAAAGAGUUAUUUAAAAACAAUAAGAACUUAUUUGCAAAUGGACUAGAAGAACUUGGACGAACAAACCUCGUGAAACACGUGAUCAAGACCCAAGAUGCCGAACCCAUCAAACAACCGCCGUAUCGAUUGGCCCCAAACGAACAAGACUUUAUGACGCAUACGAUCGAUGAAGUAAUCAAUGACUUAUUAGCAGCAACUCCACGUGAGGUUCUGAUCACGCCCCCGCCCUAUAACGAAAGGCAAACUUUGAACGAAAAGUUAUUAGAUGAAGCAAGUCCGAAAGAACAGACCGAAUAUCGAAAGAAGGUUACAAAGCACUAUUAUACGGCCGCGAUCAGAAUUUACUGGUUAUUCGAAAUGUACGGAAUUGAACAAGUAUACCGAACACAGAAGUUAAUUCUAUCCGAUUUCGCAACUAUGAAGGCAGCAGACUUCCGAAGCUUAUUUUAG